GCAUAAAUGAACAAAUAACCAUAGUAAUUAUACAAUUUUUUUCAUUUUCUUUUUGUACAUGGUUAAUUGGUUUGAAAAGGCCAAAGAGAUUUUGGGGAAAAAAGACAGUGAAUGUAAUGAGGCAUUUACUACUAUCUUUGAAGAUUUCUUUGAUGUCCUAAUGAUAGUACAUGAUACCAGCAGUGAAGGUAAAAUUCAAACACUUGAAAAUUUCAUAUUGCGAAUAUGCGCUCUUGUUGCUGAUAACAGAAUUAGUAUUUAUAUUCAGCAGGAGGCAGUAAGAAAACUGAACUCCAUGCUUACUGCUAUGCCUCGAGAUAUUAGAAAGAAAACAAUUUCUACAAAGGAAAUGCUACAAGUCAUGAAUGAUAUGGGAAAAAGAAUUUUGGAUGCUGGGGACUAUGAUCUCCAAGUUGCCAUUACUGAAGCAUUAUGCAGAAUGACAUCAGAAAAACAAAGAAGAGAGCUGGCAAACCAGUGGUUUCCAAUGGAUUUUGUCAGCAGUGCAUUUAAACAAAUUAAAGAUUCUGAGUUUGAAACAGACUGCAGGAAGUUCCUUAACCAAGUUAAUGGCAUGCUUGGAGAUAAAAGAAGGGUAUUUACCUAUCCUUGUUUAUCAGCUGCUAUUGGUAAACAUGAGCUACAGAUGCCAGCAGAUGAAAACCUUGACGAAUGUUGGAUUGACUUUAACGUUGGUAGUAAAAGUAUAUCCUUCUAUGUUGCUGCAGAUGAUGAAGGUCAACAGUGGGAAACUGUAUGCAUACCAGAAGAAGAUGUUAGGACAUACAUAAUCGAAGAAAAAGAAAAAGAGAAAUUGCUAAUGGUACAUCUAAACAACCCAAUAUCUGUUGGUGUCCAGGAAGGUGAGACAAUAAUCUUGCAUUUCGAUUCUGCAUUGGAAAUUACGGAUGCAGUAAGAAAAGUUUAUGCUGCAACAAAAUGUCAGGGGUUUACAAGGAAGAAUACUGUGUCAGUUGCAAAAACAAUGGUACAUGUAGUUUUUGAUGAAAGUGGAUCACAGGAUGAUUAA